UGUAGUUUCACUCAACGUUUCCGUUGGUUCGAAAAAAGUCGCUUCGAAAUUUCAGUUUCACUCGACGCGUCGACAGUAUUUUAAACGGCGUUUUUUUAUAGUGGUUGUCAUAGUGUAUAAUUUCCUAGGCAAAUAGCCAUUCUGUCCCUUUUAUCGAAUUUUAAGCUUAUACUUUCGCCAAGGAUGGCUUCUGAUGGGCCAUUAAAGUCUUUGUUUGCAAAAAUGAACAAAGGUACUGUUGCAUCUGAGGCUGCCACGAAUGGAGAUGCUGGCAAGAAGAAUGGAGCCAACAAGAGACUUUCAGUCGAAAGAAUUUACCAGAAGAAAAGUCAGCUUGAGCACAUUUUGCUUAGGCCUGAUACCUACAUUGGAUCAGUGGAACCUGUUAAAGAUGUCAUGUGGGUUUAUGAAGAAGAUGCUGGAAUGAUCCAGAGAGAAAUUACUUACGUACCCGGACUGUAUAAGAUCUUUGAUGAAAUUCUCGUCAAUGCUGCAGACAACAAAGUCAGAGACUCCAAGAUGGAUACCAUUAAAGUCGACAUUGAUCCGAAAGAAAAUGUCAUCACGAUCUACAAUAAUGGAAAAGGCAUUCCUGUUGUGGAACACAAGGAAGAAAAGAUGUAUGUUCCCUCACUGAUCUUUGGCCACUUACUUACUUCAUCCAACUACAAUGAUGAAGAAGAAAAAGUAACUGGUGGUCGAAAUGGUUAUGGUGCAAAACUGUGCAACAUUUUCAGCACUUCAUUUGAAUUGGAAACAGCAUCUAAAGAUGAGAAGAAAAAAUUCAAGCAAACCUGGACUGACAACAUGACUAAAGCUGGAACUCCCAAGAUCGUGAACUACAAUGAAGCAGAUUUUACACAAAUCACUUUCUCCCCUGAUCUGGCAAAGUUCAAAAUGGAUUCCCUGGAUAAGGACACAGUUGCUCUUCUGUCUCGCCGUGCUUUUGAUGUAGCCGCUUCAACUCGUGGCGUGAAAGUUUUCCUUAACGGCAAACGUCUUCCUAUCAAGAAUUUCAAGGACUACGUUGAUCUCUGUCUGAAGGGUAAAGAAGAUGAUGAUGGAGCUCAACUUAAAUGUGUGUAUGAAGCUGUUAGUGAACGCUGGGAGAUUGCGGUAGCUCCUUCCGACAAAGGAUUCCAACAAGUUUCAUUCGCAAACUCAAUCGCAACUACUAAAGGCGGGCGACACGUUGACUACGUUACUGAGAUCGUAUCAAAAUAUUUGCAGGAAUUUCUUAAAAAGAAAAACAAGAGUGGCAUUAAUGUCAAACCUCAUCAGAUAAAGAAUCACCUGUGGAUUUUCGUCAACUGUUUAAUCGUCAACCCAACUUUCGAUUCUCAAACCAAGGAAAACAUGACUCUCCAGGCCAAAAGCUUUGGUUCCACUUGCAAACCUAGCGAAAAGUUUUUUAACGCGCUCAACAAGUCUGGCGUUAUAGAAGGUGUAAUGACCUGGGCCAAGUUUAAGGCGCAAACUGAAUUGAACAAGGCUUGUAGUGGCAAGAAACAAACAAAAUUGAAGGGCGUCCCCAAACUAGAAGACGCUAAUAAUGCUGGCACAAAACAUUCGAUCGACUGCACUCUCAUUCUAACUGAGGGAGACUCAGCCAAGUCCCUAGCUGUUUCUGGUCUUGGUGUGGUCGGCCGUGACAAGUACGGUGUCUUUCCUCUCAAAGGAAAGGUGCUCAAUGUGCGGGAAGCCACACAUAAACAAAUUCUGGAGAACGCCGAAAUCAACAAUUUGAUCAAGAUCCUUGGAUUGCAGUACAAGAAGAAAUACGAGUCUGUUGAAGAUCUCAAAUCACUUCGUUAUGGUCGUUUAAUGAUCAUGACUGAUCAGGAUCAGGAUGGUUCUCACAUUAAAGGCCUGCUCAUCAACUUCUUGCACCAUAAUUGGCCAUCACUAUUGCGCUUACCCUUCCUUGAAGAAUUCAUCACACCCAUUGUCAAAGCCACCAAAGGAACAGGGGCAUCAGCCAAGUCACUAAGCUUCUACUCGUUGCCCGAGUUUGAAGAAUGGAAGACCAAUACAGAGAACUGGCCUACCUAUCGUAUCAAGUACUACAAGGGGUUGGGAACUUCGACGUCCCAAGAAGCAAAAGGUUACUUUUCCGACAUGCAGCGACAUCGAAUUCUCUUCCACCACGAUGGAGACCAAGAUGACUACGCUAUUUUGAUGGCUUUCAGCAAGAAGCACAUUGAACAGCGCAAAGAGUGGCUAACUUCUUGGAUGGAGGAGUGCAAGAGGCGCCGUGAACUUGGACUGCCUGAGCUUUAUCUGUACGAAAAAGACACCAAACGAGUAAGCUACCGUGACUUCGUCAACAAGGAAUUGGUGCUGUUCAGCAACAUGGACAACGAACGAUCCAUCCCUUCACUCAUGGAUGGUUUCAAGCCUGGGCAACGUAAAGUCCUCUUUACUUGCAUCAAGCGAAAUGACAAGAAAGAGAUCAAGGUCGCCCAAUUGGCUGGCUCUGUAGCUGAGCACUCGGCAUACCAUCACGGCGAGGCUUCUUUGAUGGGCACAAUCAUUGGUUUGGCUCAAGACUUCGUCGGAUCCAACAAUAUCAAUUUGCUUCUUCCCAAUGGCCAGUUUGGUACUCGCCUCCAGGGAGGUAAAGAUGCUGCCAGCCCUCGUUAUAUUUUCACUUUGAUGAGCAAGCUGACUCGCAUUAUUUUUCACCCACACGAUGAUCCAUUGUUGAAACAUCAAAUGGACGAUAACCAACGCAUCGAACCCGAAUAUUAUGCUCCGAUUAUUCCUAUGAUCUUGGUCAACGGAACUGACGGAAUCGGUACCGGUUGGAUGACAAAGAUUCUGAAUUACAAUCCACGAGAGGUCGUUGCUAAUGUCAAGCGGAUGUUAGACGGCGAAGAACCCAUCCCUAUGGAUCCGUGGUUCAAAGGUUACAGGGGUACUAUUGAAAGGAUUGAUCGCCACCGAUAUGCUAUCAGCGGUGAAUUAGCAGUUCUGAGCGGUACGGAAAUGGAAAUUACGGAACUUCCUCUACGUGUCUGGACUCAAAACUACAAGGAAUCCGUAAUGGAGACCUUGUUGCACGGCUCAGAGAAAAUCCCGCCCCUUAUCACUGACUACAAGGAAUACCAUACGGAUACAACUGUGCGAUUUAUCGUUACCAUGUCGGAAGAAAAGAUGCAACAGGCAGAAGCCGAGGGACUGCAUAAGGCUUUUAAACUCCAGACUACACACUCCCUGACAUCCAUGGUGCUGUAUGACUCUAAUGGCUGUCUCAAGAUGUACGACACAGUUGAAGAUAUUUUGAAAGAAUUCUUCACUGUCCGUCUUGGAUAUUAUGGGAAAAGAAAAGAUUACUUGUCCGGUGUACUUCAAGCUGAGUCUCAAAGGCUCUCAAAUCAAGCCAGAUUCAUUUGCGAGAAAUGUGACAAUGUCUUGAUUGUCGAGAACAAAAAGGCUAAAGUUUUGGUGGAGGAAUUGCGUCGUAGAAAUUAUGAUCCAGAUCCAGUUCGUAUCUGGAAAAAGAAUCAAAAAAACAACAUAAAUGCGGAGAACGAAGAGGAGCAAGAAACCAAUGCGGAGAAUGAAGAAGGUGCUGUCAAAAUUGGCGACUACGACUACUUGCUUGACAUGCCCAUGCGCUCUCUUACCUACGAAAAGAAAGAAGAGUUGUUGAAGAAACGGGAUAUCAAGAUGAAGGAAUAUGACAUCCUCUUGAAAAAAUCGCCGGCUGAUUUGUGGCGGGAAGAUCUGGAUCAUUUUAUGGUGGUGUUAAAGGAGGUUGAAGAUGCUGAGCAGGAAGAGUUGAAUGAAAACAAAAAACCAACCAAAGCUGCACCACUGGCGAAAGGCAGGAAGAAGGCGUUAAUCGCUGAAGUUGCUCCUUCUCCUAAAGGUCGGCGAAUCGUUCCAGUCAUCGAUAAUGAAUUGCGCAAAAAGAUUGAAAAGCUCACUAUCGCCAAAGAAAAGAAGAAAGAAAAGGCGCUGAAAAAAGAAAGUCCUGAAGUUGAACGAGAUUCGUUUGACGCUGCUCUCGAUGACUCAAACAAGUCUUUGGGUGAAAAAUUAGGGGUUAGCCCAGUCAAAGGAGCAAAAGGAAAGAAAGGAGGCAAAAAUGACGGAUUUAAGCAGACCAAGCUGAGUUUCACAACCAAGAAAGGUGAUAAAGAUGCUGAAAAAGACGAAGAUAAAGACGAAUUCGACCUGGCAUUGGAAAAAGCCGUACCUCUUAGAGAGAGAACCAAUCGCCGAGCCGCCGCCGCUGCCGCUAAAUUCACUCUUGACGAUGAUUCUGAUGAGGAAGGAAAAGCUUCCGAUAAUGAUUCCGACCUUAUAAUCAGCGAUUCGGACGAAGAUUUCGACUUUGCAAAGCCUAAAACGGUUGCCAAGAAAAAAGUAGCGCGACCCGUCAGUUCAGAUGAUGACAUGUCUGCUGCUAAAAGGCCAAAGAAAGACGCUGCUUCGCUAAAUGUUAGCUCUGAUGAAUUGUUCGAUUCAUUAGUCCGCUCAUCACCUGUGAAAUCGGCACGUGAACCAGAGCCUCUAUCUUCUCCAGAUAUCGUCAUGAUAGCGGGCGAAGACGACGAAGUUAAACCGAAAGGAAGAGGCCGUGGAAGGGCACCGAAAGCUGGUGGUCCAGCCAAACCCAAAAAGGCACCUGCCCCCAAAGCUGCCGGCGCCAAAGCAGCUAAACCUGCUGCCAAAGCCAAGCCGAAGACGUCUUCACCCAAAAAGAAGUCUCGCAAGGAUUCCGAUUCGGAUGAAGACAUGUUUUCUUCUAAAUCCCCUGUAAAGAAAGCCAACUCUUCCGAUGAUUUCAACGACAGCAGCUUUGAGGUCAGGCCUCGUGCAACUACCGUUCGAGCCAAAAAAGCCGUCAAGUACGCUACUCUCUCAAGUGACGAAGAUUCUUAAUAAAUGCGUUUCCAAUAGCUAGAAUUCACGUUCAACUCGAAACUACCUAUUGCGCAAUCCCCCCUCAUUAAGCCAACUUACUCUGUAUGUGCUGUUUCCUCAUUUAUUAUUCAAUUCCAUUUUGGCCAUCAUACUGAUAAAUAAAAACCACCAUUUGUCCAA